CUCUUUCUUUGACCUAACUCUCUACUCGCCACACUUCCUGCGUGAACCAACGAAAUUUUCGAUCGAUACUACCACAAUCUCAGCUCGAACUUCCCACAGUCUCGUGAACCAUCCGCACGAUGGUCCGUCACAAAAAAGACUUCAAAGGCGCCAAGUCCAAGCACGGCGGCGGGCCCAAAACAUACGCCCAGCACACGAACCCCGACAACCCUGACAGCACCACCCACAAACGGCCGCCCUACAAAGCCGCAGCAUGGGAUCUCAAUCACUGCGACGCGAAACGCUGCUCCGGCAAACGGCUCAUGCGACUUGGCCUGAUGCGUGAGCUGCACGUUGGCCAGAAGCACCAAGGACUCGUCAUCUCUCCCAAAGGAAAGACGUUAUGCAAUCCUUCCGAUCGUGAGAUUCUAGAGCAGUACGGUGCGGCCGUGGUUGAGGCAAGCUGGAAUAGAAUCGAAGAAGUCCCAUUCAGCAGAAUUGGAGGACCGAAUCCCAGACUGUUGCCCUACCUGAUCGCGGCGAAUCCGACGAACUAUGGUAAGCCAUGGAGGCUGAACUGCGUCGAAGCGCUAGCUGCGACAUUCGCGAUCUGCGGUCAUCUCGAUUGGGCAGAGCAGAUCCUCUCCACAUUCAGUUACGGGCAGUCAUUUCUGGACAUCAACGAAGAGGUGUUGCAAAGAUACGCAGAAGCAAAGGAUGAAGAGGGUGUGAAGAAGGCAGAAGAGGAUUGGUUGGCAAAGAUCGAGAAUGAGUGGAGAGAAGAUCGCGAGGAUCGGGAGAACAAUAAGGAAGAUGCUUGGAAGGGCGGCAACAUGAAUCGGAGACAGCCGAUUGUGGGGAAUGAUUCGGAUGGUGGGAGUGAAGAGGAUAGUGGAGAUGAGGAUGAGGACAGCGACGCGAGUAGUUUGGGUGGCAUACAGCUUGGUGGGCCGAAGCCUGGAGAGAAGGCGCAGGUUCAUGGUAACACAGAUGGUGACGACGAAGAAGAGGAACGUGAUCCAUAUGGUUUGCCGCCCUCAGACGACGACGAUGAGGAAGAGAUGGCAGAGCUGCGAAGAAGAGUCCUAGCAUCGAAACCGUUCUCGAAUCCCUCGAAGCCUUCCGCGACCGAAGAGGAGAAGCUCGAACCUGAGCGAAUACAACGACCUUCUGAAACGAAAAAGCUAGAUUUGCCUGAAGAUUCUGACGCCGAAUCUGGGUCGGACAUCGGAGGUGAAGACGAUGAGUUUGAUAACAUCAUGAAUGCUGCUCCAGUCACAGAUCGCGCUGGCAUCACUGCCGCGCAAAGGAAAAGAGCCAUGGAGAAGGAGGGCAAGCUCAGCGCGACGUUCAGCCGAGCUGUAUUGGAUGCUUCGAGUAAGAGCUUGGGGAAGCAUUGAGAUGAUAGUUGGACAAACGCAUUCAAAUGCUAGGGAAGCAGAUGCUGUUCACACAACGUGAUUCUAACAUUUUUCAUGCCGAGCGAAGCGUGGCCUCUGAUUACAUUACUCCAGUAUUUGGGGAAUCACAAGCACCUGAUGAUGCAUAUUGCAGCAUGAAUCUCCUCUCAACUUUCUGAAGGAGCUUCGGAACACGAUCCCUGUUGCGGAUGACCAUUGACGACUCAUUUCUUGGCAUACCAUCAUACAGUUCGUGGCCACAUGCUGGACUUUGCCCCGUUUCCUUGUCAAGAUGUCAUGCACAGCCACCUACAGUCGCAGCCCUCACGAUGCGCUGCCCCUAUCCGGGUGAAGCAACAAGCUCGACAGUACCCAGCAUGGUCCUGGAAGGUUAUUCCGGCCGCCGGGCUUCCACCGUGCACCUUCUGCUGACGGACAAGACAAGUUCCUACAUCGGCCGACGACAAGGCCCGCGCUGCAAUGUCGGUCGCAAGGUUAACUUUGUUACGAUCUGCCCCCAAUGUCUCUGCCAACUCAUGAUUGCUUACCAUGCACCAGGCUGUCUACGCCAAGUGAUCUGCUGAGAGCACGACAAGAUGAAUAGCUACCAGGACUCUCCAGACAGACAGACGAAACAGUUGAAACAAACCAAGCGUGCCCCAGCCGCAUCACACUGGAGAUCCGAGCAAGCUGCCAGUCUACAACCCAUACAAAUCAGCUUCGUCCCCUGCUUAGCCGCGUGCGCUCGUGGCCGACAGUUUGCAACAUCUGUUCUACCAUCAUGCGUAAGACUCCCUCUCUUCUAGCUGUCAUGAGUAUCACCAUCCCCAUUACCACAUUCCUUGUCCUACUAUCUCUCGCAUGAUUUCUGAUCUUUCUCCCUAUUCGUUUUCGAGCAUUUCUGUAACAC